AUGGAUGCCCAAUAUCACCAAUGUAAAUGUCAAGCAUUAAUAUCUGAAGAAGCAAUUUUAGAAAAAAUGACUAAUACUGAACAGCAUCAACUACUAAGACAACAAAAAAAAUUGCAACCAUCUCUGACUCACACAGAAGCAUUAUUAUACUCAAAAAUACUUCCAGUUGAACUAAACAUUGAAACAAUGAAUAUUGUUUCGUUUGCUUCUAUCCUUGCCAAUUGUGAAACUUUAACUGGUCAAGGACCUCAUAUUUAUCAUAUUUCUGAAAUUUUGAAUGAAGAAGAUCAACGUGCUCAGUUUGAAAGAAGACAACCACUAAAUGUAGAAAUAAUUUUUGAUUAUAAUCAACAAUCAACUCAAAAGCAGUAUAAUUCACCUCAAACUAAUGAAGUUGCUGCAAUAGUUAUUAGUUCUAAUAGUAAUCAAUUUUCCCUACACCAUCUGGUUAUGCAUCCCCGUGCUUCUAACUCUGAUUUACAAAUUAUACCAGUUAUCAAUACUAACU